AUGGAGAUGCAUGAAACGAGAAUUCUUAAUGAUGGCAUUAUUGAUUCCGGGACGCGUGCUCCAGGAAAAGACAUAGAUGUCUAUUUACAACCUCUGAUCAAUGAGCUGAAAGAACUAUGGGAAAAUGGUGUACGUACUUUUGAUAUUAUUGAUAAAGAAUAUUUUACAAUGCGUGCAGCAAUAUUGUGGACGAUCCAUGAUUUUCCAGCAUAUGGUACUGUAUCUGGGUAUAGCACUCAAGGUUAUAAAGCUUGUCCUGUUUGUGAAGAUGACAUGUCUUCAUUUCGAAUAAGAGGAAAAACAUGUUUCAUGGGUCAUCGUCGAUAUUUGUGUCCGAACCACCAAUGGCGCAAUGAUAUGGAGUAUGACGGUACAAUUGAACGGCGUUCACCUCCAAGAAUUUUAACAGCAGAUGAAAUCUUAGAUAAAUUAAAGGGUGUAUGGAAAUGUAGGGCAGGUAAAAAUGAUAAGAUCAUUAAGGACGAUAAGCAACAAAUGAAGGAUGCAUGUUAUGAAAAUAACACGAACUGGAGGCGAAAAAGUAUUUUUUGGGAGUUAGAAUAUUGGCCUAAAUUAAAACUAAGACAUAAUUUGGAUGUAAUGCAUAUUGAGAAAAAUAUAUGUGAUAGUGUAGUUGGUACAAUAUUUAGUAUUGAUGGGAAGUCUAAAGAUACUGAAAAGGCAAGACUUGAUUUACAAGAUUUAAAUAUUCGUAAGCAGCUACACAUGAAAAAGAAGGGGAACAAAUGGUUCAAACCAGUAGCAUGCUAUACAUUAUCAGCGAAGGAGCGACAAGAAUUUUGUACGCUCAUAAAGUCUGUAAAAUUUCCUGAUGGAUAUGCUGCAAAUAUUUCUCGGAAUGUUAACAUGAAAGAUGGAAAGUUAUUUGGGUUGAAAAGUCAUGAUUGUGAUAUUUUAUUACAGAGGUUGUUACCUAUUGGUUUAAGGCCAUAUUUGAAAAAGAAAGUAAUGGAUGCUAUUGCUGAGCUGUCGUUAUUCUUCAAAAAGCUAUGUGCGAGGACAUUAUAUGUGAAAGACUUAGACGAAUUGGAAAAGGGCGUUGUACUCACGCUGUGUAAAUUAGAUAGUAUCUUUCCUCCUGCCUUCUUUGAUGUGAUGAUUCAUCUUAUGGUUCACUUGCCAUUAGAAGCUAAGUUAGGUGGUCCAGUACAAAUGCGAUGGAUGUAUUCAAUCGAAAGAGAACAUAGAUUAUUCUUACAAUCUCAAGGAAUUCUGGAUAUCAAUCAAGUGCAAAAAAAUGAAUUUUCAACAUGGUUUGAAAAUAAAAUAAAAAAAAUGAAUGAAACAAUAUCUGGUAAAGCACAGGAAGAUUUGUAUGCAAUUGCAAUGCAACCAAGUUUUUUGGCUUGUACAUAUGUUAGUUGUAUGGUUAAUGGAGUUCGAUACCAUACAAAAAGUCGAGAUGAAAGACUUUUAACUCAAAACUACGGUGUUCACGUUGAAGCAGAAUAUGAUGGAAAUAUAUGUGAUUUUUAUGGUGUCAUCAAUGAAAUUUGGGAAGUACAUUACCUCUAUUUGAACAAAGUUAUAUUGUUCAAAUGCUCUUGGUACAAUACCAAUGGAAGUGAUAGAAUGUACUCUGAAUAUAACUUUACUAGUAUCAACAUCAACUCAGAAUGGUUUGAAGAUGAACCAUUUGUUCUUGCCAAUCAAGUAAGUUUGGUUUUUUAUUUGGAUGACAUUAAAAAAAGUAAAGAUAAUAAAGAUUGGAAAGUGGUACAAAAAUUAAAUCAUCGUCACAUCUGGGAUAUACCAUCAAAGCCAAUGGACGGUGAAGUUGAUGAUGAAGAUCCAACUAUCAACAGUUCUAAAGCAUAUCAAGAAGAAUCUUCGAAUGACAUUGGCAUGAAUUUUGAUUCAACGACAAAUGAUACUAAUCUUAUUCGGGGUGAUUUGAAGAUAUAG